AUGCACUCUCACGCUCUUCUUUCUCUCGGCCUGCUUGUAGCAAGCAGUGCCGCUACCCUAGCACUGCCGGUACCGACGACGACUGGUCAAGUCCGAGGCUCGCUCCAAGCUCGUGAUGGAGCCAAGGGCAAAGUUUCGACCUCAUGGAAUUGGGACAAACCGCAACGUCGCGCCGACAAACCAAAAGUGUCGGUCGCGUGGAACUGGGACACGCCUCAUGCGCGAGAUGCGAUCAACGAGCUGGUGUAUGCUACUCGCGACACACCUGGUCAGCUCGACCGUCGGCUGGGCGCGCACAUGGCUGAAGGAGCGAAGGCUGCAGCUGAUGGAGCACGCCCCGUUCAGCAAAUCACAAACAAUGACUAUGGCGACAAUUAUGGCAACGUCGAGGGAAAUGUCCACAAUGGCGACAGUCUCAACAAUCCGCCUGCCAAUCAUCACAGGCGCGACACGAUCAGCAACAACUAUGGAGAUGCCUACGGCACUGUUCAAGGCGGUGUACACAACGGAGAUACAUUCGAAAAUUCUCCCUUUUCCUCAUCACACCGCACCGGCGUCAAGGCGAGGGACAACAUUUCCAACAACUACGGAGAUGCCUACGGCACCGUUCAAGGCGGUGUCCACAACGGAGACACAUUCGAGAAUUCUCCUUUUUCCUCAUCGCAACGUACCGGCAUCAAGUCGAGGGACAACAUUUCCAACAACUAUGGAGAUGCCUACGGCGCUGUUCAAGGGGAUGUUCACAAUGGCGAUACUUUCGAGGACUCACCUGGCUCUCAAUCUCAUCGCGAAGGCAUCAAGGGGAGAGACAACGUCAGGUACGAUUAA